AGAGGAAACCGGAAUAUCGGGUUCAUUAGAGUGGGAGGAGUCUCGCUGUCAUUUAAGAUCAGGCCAAACACGCCACACUCACUUUGGCAAACGGAAUAUUUUCCAGACACAACUGAAAUACGAGGAAAGCUAUAAGUUGUAAACAUGUCAGGUGCAUUUUUGGAAGACCAGUUUCGGUGCAGUAUUUGCCUGGACAUCUUUAAGAACCCAGUGUCCAUCCCAUGUGGACAUAACUUCUGCCUGGGAUGCGUCAGGCGCUUCUGGGACACGAGAUCCAAAGCUGAGUGUCCACUGUGCAAAGAGACCUUCAAGAACCGUCCAGACCUGCGUGUCAACGUGGUGCUCAGAGACUGUGCGAAUGAGUUCAGAAGGAUAUCUAAACCCAGGGUCAAACCCAACCCUACUCCCCCUCCACGUCGCCAUGUCCCAAAGCAGAUCUCCAAAUCGGAUGAUGUUUUCUGUGAUAUGUGCGUGAAGGAGGGAGUGAGUGACCGGACACAGGCUCUGAAGUCCUGCUUGGUGUGCAGAGAAUCGUACUGUGAGCUUCACCUGGGCCCUCACCUGAGAGACCCUGUCCUGACCCGCCACAUGCUGACUGACCCGGGCACCUUCACCUCCAGCCACACCUGCCGCAAACACAAUCACCUGCUCCACAUGUUCUGCCAGAGGGAACAUCUGCUCGUGUGCCCCAAGUGCACCAAGCACGAUCACAAGUACCAUGAGGUGGUGCCCAUCGACGUGGAGAGCCGCCGUGUCAGGAAUGAAAUGAAGAAAGCUGAGGCAGACUUUCAUCACAUGAUCCAGGCUCGAACAAAGAAGAUUCAGGAAAUCAAGAACAGCUUGGACGUGAGCAGAAAACAAAAAGAAGAGGAGUUGCAGAGGACUCUGCAGGUUUACUCCACAGUGAAAUCGGCCAUAGAGAGCCACCAGGGGGCGCUGAUCAUGGAGUGCGAGUCCAAACAGGAGGAGUUGGCAAGAAGGGCCCAGGAUCUGCAGAAGGAACUGAACCAAGAAGUGAACGAGAUCCAGAGACGACGCGGAGAAAUGCACCAACUGGAGCUUGUCGAUGACCCCCUACAUCUUAUUCAGAGUUUUCCGGCGCUCAUGGUCCCCACUUUCACUAACGACUUGUCCCAAAUGAAGCUUCAGCCGAGCUCCUCCAUCAGUGCUGUGAGGAAUGCCUUCUCCAAGAUGGUGGACUUCUGCCUGGAGCUCCAGAAACAGCUGACUGCAGAGGAAGUCAGCAUGAUGACCCAGUAUGCAGUGGACGUGACCCUUGACCCUGUCACCGCAGCUGGGUGGCUCAUCCUGUCUGCAGAUGGAAAAAAGGUGAGCGUGAGCCUCCAGCAGAGACGCAGUUCUCUCUAUGACGAUCCAAAAAGGUUCGACUCCUGUGUCUCAGUCUUGGGCAAACAGAGCUUCACCACAGGGAGACACUACUGGGUGGUGCAGGUGGGCGAAAAAACCGACUGGGACCUGGGCAUCGCUAAAGAGUCGAUAAAUCGUAAGGGAGCGAUCACAGUGCGUCCUGACUGUGGUUUCUGGGCCAUCUGUCGCCGUAAGGGCGGCUGUUUGAGCGCAUGCACUAGCCCCUCUGUGCCCAUCCCUCUCCUCGACACCCCCCAGAGCAUCGCCAUCUUCCUCGACUACGAACAAGACGAGGUCUCCUUCUAUGACGCAGAGAACAAAGUGCACAUCUACACCUUCAGCGAGUGUGGUUUCAACGAGCCGCUAUAUCCAUACUUCAAUCCCUGUCUCCUUGAAAACGGGAAGAAUGCCGGGCCCCUGAUCAUUGUCCCCGUGGAGACAGUGAUCACAGGUGGCAAGGUCAUAUUAUGAAAAGUUGUGCCCUUUUAAAGAGGUCACCAGUAAUGGGACGAUGAAUUGUAUUCAAUUCACAGAAUACUCAACUGAUACAUUGCAAUGACAUCAUGCUGGCGUUGUUCUACAUGUAUCUCUAAUGGUGGAAUGUUCAGCAGUUACCGUGGCUGUUGUAGUUUCAGUUAUGUCAGUUCUAUUAGGUCAGACUGCGUGAAAAUGAAGCUCAGAUUCAAGUCUCACUUGGAGUAAUAGAGCUCCAGACAGAACAGAGCCUUAAGUUAGCAUCACACCCCAAGGGAAUGUUGAUGACAUGAGUAGCAGUAGUUUGAGGGCUUACCUGUGUAAAGUGUGUUUUGUAACAUACACUAGCUGUUACAUGGUCCAAGCAGAGUCAUGUGUUCUGAAUACUUUCACAUUAAGUCAUAUUGUAUUAUAGUGUAAAAAUAUGCAUUUAUUUAUCACUGAUUAUAGAAGGAAAAAUGUACAAGUUGUUUUUAUUUUAAUUGUUUGUUAUUCUUUUUUUUAUUUUUUAUUUUUAUGAGGCAUUGAAGGAGUGGACACACUUUACAAGGCCAAUGUUAUAACAUGGCUAAGAGAUCAGUACUCCAUGAGCAUCACCGUAGCAACGGGUAAACAAACAAACUACUGUUAGGAGGGACUAGCUUCAACUAAAACAGCAAUAACUAACACUUUGAACAUCCACAGACAAUUAAAAAGUUUGUGAACUAUUUUCAUUUGGUGGGAAACUUUGAUUUAUUUUUAAUUCCAAAUGCACCCUUGUCUCUCGUAUUGUCAAUGAAUCCUCAGAACAACAGAAGCUAGAGUCACUGCGGCUCCUGCAGGCUAAAAAUAUCUGUUAUUAUUGUGUAGUUUUGUAAAUAUGCAUGUUUAGUUUCUUUAUUUGGGUUAUUGCAUGUCUCUAUGUACAUAUAUUUCUACUGUUUUACUCAUGAUUGUGAAGG